UUUUUUUUUUAAUAUUGUUUCUCAUAAUACUUCUCCAAUGGACGAGACGAAUAAAGAAGAGGCUUUACGUUGUUUGAAAAUCGCAAAGAACCAGUUUGGCUCAAAGAAUUAUGAGGCAGCUGUUCGUUUGACCAAGAAAUCGUUGGCCUUGUACACAACACAAGAAGCACAAGAGUUUUUGACAAAGGCCAAGGAGAAGGCUGCCAGUGGUGAAUCGUCAGGUUCUUCCACAAGCAUUCCUCAGCAGCAGCAGCAGCAGCAAGAACAAGAAAAAAAGAAGCAAGCCGAUAAACCUUCUUCUAAACAACAGUCAGCUGAAGUAAGAGAAAUACUGGCUUGUGGUACUGAUUACUAUAAGGUUUUGAAAGUGAGUAAGAACUGUACGGAGGUCGACAUCAAAAAGUCUUACAGAAAGCUUGCACUCAAAUUCCAUCCCGAUAAAAACACGACACCUGGUGCCGACGAAGCGUUUAAACUCAUCUCGAAAGCAUUCACAAUUUUGUCUGAUCCUCAAAAGAGAGCCAUUCACGAUGCUGGCGGUUCUGAUCCAGAACAGCGUGGUGGUGGAGGUGGACACCCAGGAUUUUCCGGAUUUAGAGCACAGAGUUAUGGAGCUUCACCAUUUGGUGAUGAAGUAUCGCCUGAAGAUUUGUUCAACAUGUUCUUCGGUGGAGGACAAGGAGUAAACAUGGCAAAUAUGAGACAGGGCGGGCAGACCUUUUCAUUUGGUGGUAAUGGAUUCAGCAGUGCAACCUUUGUUGGACCAGGUUUUCGCACCAGAUCAUUUGGACAACAAGCUCAACAUGCCCAACCCCAACAACAAAGAUCAUUGGCUUCACUUUUACUGCAAAUCUUACCUUUGAUCCUGCUAUUUGGCUAUACAGUAUUUUCUAGUUUAUUAACAGAUGAAACACCCGUCUUCUCUUUCCAACCCACUUCAGUUUAUUCACAACCCAGAACUACAGCAUCUCACAAUGUACCAUUUUAUGUUGAUCCAAAUGCUUUCAAGCCAUAUCUAGCCAACAAAUAUAAAUUAUCAAAAGUUGAACAGCAAGUAGAGGUGGAUUGGGUUCGCUCUUUACAACAAUUAUGCUUAGAGGAACGUAAAGAACGACAAGUCAAAUUAAAUAAUGCCCGUGGUGUAUUUGGAUUUGUACGUAACGAAAAGCUAUACCAGGAGGCAGUAAACAUGAAGUUGUAUAGUUGUGAUGAGUUGAAAAGAUUUGGAUAUGAAUAUUAAUAAUAAUAAUAAUAAAAAAAAAGAAAAGAAAACGAAAAGAGAAAAAGGAAAUAGAAGGC